AAGAAAGACAAUAUUAGACAGGAAAUAUUAUUGAAAAUUGUUUUUAAAGAAAAUAAAUAUAAACUGAGACUAUCACGAUUAACCAUUGCACAACAAGCAUGGCGGAACAUGCGGGAACGACGAAUGCUGAUAUACUCAAAAGAUUUUCACAAAAAGUUUCUGUGUCGAGCACAAAAGAGCGAAUAGGCGUAUUGAACGAUGUGGCAGCGAUUGCAGGAGCACCCGAAUUCCCAGAGAAUGCAGUACGAGGGAUUUUCAAAUACUUGGCUCCUACAAUAGUUCGUUACCAAGACAACAAAUCUCGUCAUGCUGUUUUGAAGGUCAUCAGGGCAGUGACUAAGGCCCAUCCCGAGUCAACUGUCAAGACAUUAUCUAAUACCUUGGAAUCGCAUGCGAACUUCCACAAAAAGCAACAGAAUUCAUGUAAGAGCACGUCUGGGGAGGCCUUAUUUGCACUGACAUGGACGUGUGUGGUGAUGCAGGAAACGUUCCUGAAGGGAAACCUCUCCAGGGAUUCUUUCAAACAACUGGUUGGUGUACAAUGUGGCCUUGUGUAUGGAGCCCUGGCGGCCGGGUGUAAGACCAUCAGUGCUUCUACCUAUAGGAAACUCCUCUGGAUCUUCAAAUCAAGUGACAAGGCAGUGGAGGAGUACGCUCAGCUGUUGACAGAGGUGGAAGCAUCUAUGUUUGUUCUGAGUUCUGUCGGCAUUGUGAUGACUUAUCUCACCAAGACCAAAGACCAGGAACUUCUGAAAAAAGUCAAAGGUUCCUUCCUUGAUAUGUACACCAAACAGGUACUGGGAUCCAGGUCCAAACCGUCUGUCCAGCUUCUGAUAUCAUGUAACCACCUGCUGAGACACUCGUCUCACCCAGAGUUCCAGGAUUUACUGAUGCCAGCCACUAAAAAAGCCAUGCUGAGGAACCCAGAGAGCAUCUUACAAGCCGUAGGGUACAUGAUCAUUGGUCAGAGUUUGGAUUUAAGGCAGCAUGCACAGGAGCUAGCUAAACCACUCGGAGUCCAAAUUUGUUCGAAGGAUCCUGCAACAAGAGCAGAGGCUGUGACCGCAUUUAAGAACCUUGCAGUUCAGUGUAGUGAUACAGAGGCUGUGGAGAAACUUGUCGGUCACCUAUUUGGAAUUCUCAACGGGUCUGAGGGAAAACUGACAUCAGCUGACCAGAGGAUCAGUGUUUUACAGGCGAUUGGUAAUGCAAGUCAUUGUACUGCCAGUGGAUCUUACGCCUUUCAAACUCUGAGUGACACUGUCACAGAAAAGUUUAUCCCCAUGUUACAACAAGAAGUCCAUGAAGGAACUCUUGUUCACGCUCUUGCCAUGAUGUCUUUGUGGUGUGCUAAAUUCUACACCAGUGUACCAGACAAACUAAUGGAAUGGUUCAAGAAAGGUGUCACCCUGAAGUCAUCCACAUCUAAUGUAAGGAAUGCCUACCUGCAAUGUAUGAACACUGCUUUCCAUGGAGAUACUUUGCCCCAGGCAGCAACCAUGGUACCACUACUUAUACAAACCAUAGAGAAGGCCAACAGCCAAUCAAGUCAGAUCCAGUUAGUCACCGAGGCUGUCUCCGCAUCAUGCAUCCUUGCAAAGAUUUCAUUGGUCGAUAUUCAAAUAGAGAGCAAACUCGGACCAUUCUGGUCUACAGUGCUGGACAGUCAGAAACAGCUGUUCCUCAAUGACCGUUACUUACAACAGGCCAGCGACGAAGCUCUUCCAAGUCUUAUUGCCUUAUCGGAAAAACUCAUUUUGGAAUAUCCACAGAAAAUGACAGAAAAAGUCUCAAAGCCGUACUACAAAGCCAUUGUGCAUUGUCUGAUGCACAAGACCUGGGAAGUGAGGAAAGCGACCGCUGCAUCUGUCAAACGUUUACUGGGACUAUUAGGCGGUACUGCAAUAUCAUUGGCUCUCCUUGACCAGCUCAAAGUGUUCUUAACCAAUCAUAAAUUCAUUGACCCUGACACUCUGGAUGAUGAGAAGGAGAAUUAUGAUCCCAACAAGUAUGUGUCACCAACGAGAGUUGCCCGAGCACUGGUGACAUUGACAUCCGUCGAAAAGGUUGACCUGAAGGAUGCUGAAGCUAUUGCCAUGACAACCAUUUUGUCAUCACAUCAUCCCAGUAUAGUGUAUGCAAAUGAGUCGGCAUGGACAGACAUCUUGUAUCACAUCAAACUAGACGCCCGUAAUUUUAUCUCCAAACAUCUGGACUCCCUGCUGGCAAUGGUGAAGAUUGGACAAGCAUUGGACAAGAGUGCCCAGGCUGCUCUCUCCACAAUGGUUCGGAUAGCUCCGGACAUUGUACUUCCUCCUUUGCUUCAGUACCUCACAGAAAUACUCAGUCAACCGGAGCUGGUCACCAUCACUGUCCAGGAAUAUCAGACUUUUCUCUGUCCAGAAGGCGAACUGUUCAACAAAGCUCUCAUGGCUAGUUUUGAGAAAAAUGAAACCAAAGAAAGUAACAUCAAACGAGAAAACAAGCUAUACUCCUACAAGGAACAGAUGGCAGAAAUUGAACUGAGAAAGGAGCUGGAAAAGAAGAAAGGGAAGACAGAUAAACCCCUGAAACUGACCAAGAAACAAGAGGAACAGCUUCAGGCCUGUCUGCAGAAGGAAUCUGAAAUACGCAAGAGAUUAACUCAGCUUGACAGUGUUGUUUGCUGUAGUUGCCACAUCCUUGACGCUUGUAUCCAGGGAAACCAGUCUGCCAUUAAUGGCUACAUGAGAGAACUGUGUGGCUGUCUGACUCCUCUGUUUGUGUCACCACUGGCUGCACCACAAAUUACCAAAACAUUUAUAAAACUGGGUGUCUCAGCGUUCGAGGACAAACAACUCGGAACACAGAUAUGUAAUUCCACUGUACGCCUGCUGGACCCAGCAUGUGCCGUGGAAUCAGAGUGGACCAAGGAGCCAGCCACAGACCAGGCUGCCCGUUUGGUCAGGAAGCUUUAUGCGAUGGCAUCAAAAGAGACUUCCGAGUUUGAAGACACUGCCCUGUUUCCUGUAGCAACAUUCAACUUCAUCUUUUAUCUACUGAAGGCUGUGUUGAGACAGGGAGCAGUACUGGUAAAGGGUGAUGAUCGAACCCAAGGGGAGGCCAUCAAACUCAUGGAGCUUCACGCUGGUAUGAGGAUAGAGGAACAUACUGAUGAGCAUGACCCAGCCUUACUGGAUCACAAACAACUACUCUGUCUCCUAAUCCAUGUGAUAUCAACGUCUAUUGCCAAACUCGGUCAGCUAGCCGCCUCGGCGUUAGUGGAGGUUUGUGAGAGUAUCUCUGGGGAGGAGGGGUGCAGUAAAGCUACGGAGAAGGAAGUUCUUGUUCUUCUAGAAGCUUUGAAGUCCCCAUGUACAGCAGUGAGGGAUUCCGUGUUACAGGGCUUGAUGUGUCUCGUCCCGGUGCUUCCCAAUGUGGACGAUAACUUUAACCUAGGCAUUGCCAUUGCACAGAGAGUGUGGGUGGUCAGCUUCGACAGUGACGACAAUGUGAAAUUAUUGGCUGAAAAGUUACUACAGGAGUUGAUGCUGGACGAACCAUAUGAGGAUAUGGCUGGACCGUUGAUUGAUGAUGUCAUUUCCACUGAGGAAGUUGUCCGUCUUGGUGCCUCCAAGGCCCUGGAGAAGACACUUGAAUGUCACAGUGACUAUGUUACAGCAACCAUCGAACAACUGAAGACGAAAUACGAGGAAAAGCUUUAUAUGCCGCCACCGAAGCUGGAUAAUUUUGGCCGUUUGUUGGAGGACCAGCCCCAGGAUGAGUGGCAGGCUCGCAGUGGAGUGGCUGCUGCUCUCAAAGCAAUGUCACCUCUCAUUCCGUCAGACCAGAUCAUUGAACUCUUCAGCUUUUAUGUCCCUAAGGCUCUCGGAGACCGGAUACCAGAAGUCCGUAGCCACAUGAGAGACGCAGCUCUAGCCGCCAUCAAUGACCAUGGAAAGGAGAACGUGGUUUUGCUGUUGCCAGUAUUUGAAGAAUUCCUGGCCAAUGCCCCUAACACGGCCAGUAACGAUGCAGUACGACAAAGUAUUGUGAUCCUAAUGGGAUCCCUUGCCAAGCAUCUGGACAAGAACAACCCAAAGAUCAAACCUAUCAUGGCCCAGCUUAUUGGUGCUCUGUCUACACCUUCUCAGGAGGUGCAAGAGGCAGUUGCCCAUUGCUUACCUCCCUUGGUUCAGGGAAUCAAACAGGAUGCUCCGGAGCUUGUACAGAAACUGAUGCAGCUCCUUUUGGAGUCGGACAAAUAUGGAGAAAGAAGAGGAGCAGCGUAUGGAUUAGCGGGGCUCGUCCGGGGUCUAGGGAUCACUUCCCUCAAACAGUUAGAGAUCAUGUCCACUUUAGAGGAGGCUGUCAAAGACAAAAAGAAUCCUCGUCGGAGAGAAGGUGCCCUGUUUGCCUAUGAGAUGCUGUGUGCUAUGUUGGGUAAGCUGUUUGAGCCAUAUGUCGUGAAUAUCCUGCCUCAUCUCCUCCUGUGCUUCGGUGACAGCAGCCAGUACGUCCGUGAGGCAGCAGAUUUCACAGCUAAAGCUGUGAUGAAGAUGCUGACAGCCCAUGGAGUCAAACUUGUGCUGCCCUCUUUACUGAGAGGCCUGGAGGAGGACGCCUGGAGAACCAAAGCAGGAGCGGUGGAGUUGUUGGGCGCUAUGGCAUACUGUGCCCCCAAACAGUUGUCUGCCUGCUUGCCAAGCAUCGUACCAAAACUGUCCGAAGUACUUACCGACUCUCAUGUUAAAGUCCAGAAGGCUGGAGCUCAGGCCCUGAAACAGAUUGGGGCUGUCAUCAGGAACCCGGAAAUUCAGGAAAUUGUACCAAACCUGUUGGAUGCUUUACAAGAGCCAUCAAAGAGAACAAUGGUGUGUCUACAGACUCUGUUAGACACCAAGUUUGUACAUUUCAUUGACGCUCCCUCACUGGCCCUCAUCAUGCCUGUCGUGGAACGUGCCUUCCAGGACCGAAAUACUGAAACCAGGAAAAUGGCUGCCCAAAUCAUUGGCAAUAUGUACUCUCUAACUGAUCAAAAGGAUCUGGACCCCUACAUAGAGAAGGUGAUUCCAGGUUUACAGCAGUCGCUGUUGGACCCCGUCCCCGAGGUGCGUACCGUUUCCUCACGCGCUCUUGGUGCCAUGGUGAAAGGAAUGGGAGGGGCUAAGUUUGAUGAGCUACUGAAAUGGUUGAUGGACACACUGAAGUCUGAGAGCAGCUCUGUGGAUCGAUCGGGAGCAGCUCAAGGUCUCAGUGAAGUUAUCGGUGGCCUUGGUUUGGGCGAGCUGAAACGUCUGAUGCCUGGUAUCAUACAGACUGCGGAACGAAUAGAUAUCCCGUCCCACGCUCGUGAUGGAUACAUCAUGAUGUACAUCUACCUACCCUCCGUCUUUGGAAAAGAAUUCAUGGCCUACAUCGGCCCUAUCAUCCCCUCUAUUCUCCAGGCAUUAGCUGAUGAAUCUGAGUAUGUGAGAGACACGGCUCUCAGAGCAGGCCAGAGGAUUAUUAAUGUGUACGCAGACACGGCCAUAGAGCUUCUGUUACCCCAGCUGGAGAAGGGUCUGUUCGACGAUAACUGGAGGAUCCGAUUCUCUUCUGUACAGUUACUGGGAGAUCUCCUCUACCGAAUAUCAGGUGUCACAGGUAAAAUGACUACGGAGACGGCUCACGAUGAUGACAAUUUUGGUACAGAAUCUUCAUCAAAGGCGAUUAUGCGAGCCCUGGGGAAGGAGAGACGAGACAGGGUUUUAGCCGGACUGUACAUGGGCCGAUCAGAUACGGCCAUAUUGGUGCGACAAUCUGCACUCCAUGUGUGGAAGAUCAUCGUGUCCCACACGCCACAAACACUACGCGAGAUUCUGCCCGUGUUAUUUACCCUCCUGCUGGGCUGUCUGGCCAGUACAAGUCACGACAAACGACAGGUUGCGGCAAGGACUCUUGGAGAUCUGGUAAAGAAGUUAGGAGAACGAGUUUUACCCGAAAUUAUUCCCAUAUUGGAGCGAGGUUUGGGUUCAGAACGGGCUGACCAGAGACAGGGUGUGUGUAUCGGUCUUACUGAAAUCAUGGCCUCAACCAGUCGUGAACAUGUACUUGUGUAUGCUGACAGCCUUAUCCCAACUGUGCGCCGUGCACUUGUUGAUCCCCUCGGUGAGGUGAGGGAGGCUGCUGCACACACCUUCGACAGUCUCCAUGCUAACAUUGGGCCCCGUGCCUUGGACGAGAUUCUCCCAGACCUGCUGGAGAAACUGCGUGACCCAGAUUUGUCUGACGAAGCAUUAGAUGGCCUACAACAGGUGAUGACAGUGAAGAGUCGCGUGGUGAUGCCCUACCUGGUUCCACAGCUGGUGACUCCUCCAGUGAACACACAAGCUCUGUCAUUGCUGUCGUCAGUUGCUGGAGACUCGCUCACCAAACAUUUGCCUAAGAUUUUACCUGCCCUGAUGGACACACUCAGCGAGAAGGCUGGCACACCAGAGGAGGCUCAGGAACUGGAGUACUGUCGCAGCGUGGUGUUGUCCGUUCAGGAUGAUCGCGGUGUACGAACCAUCAUGGAAGAACUGCUGGCAGCCAUUAAGAACCCAUCCCCAGACCUGUGCUGUGCAGCCGUGGUUAUUCUACAGGCUUUCUGUGACAAGACACAGACAGAUUACUCUGACUACCGAACAGAUCUAUUUAGAGGUUUGAUCGCAUCCUUUGUGAGGAAAGAGAGUAAAGUGUUGUUGGCCAGCUGGGAAUGUCUUAACACUGUAACCAAGAAACUGGACGUAUCAGAGAUGCUACAACACAUCCAAGACAUCAGGUCUGCCAUCAAAAUAGCUGCUUCCGAGUUGAAGGGUGCCAAAGAGCUGCCAGGGUUUAGUAUUCCAAAGAAGGGUAUUGCACCGGUGCUACCGAUUUUCCGUGAGGGCAUGCUGAACGGCUCACAGGAUGUCAAGGCCGUGGCAGCCAAUGGGCUUGGAGAACUGAUCCACCUGACCAGCCCUGAGGCUCUGAAGCCGUCCGUCGUAAAUAUCACCGGACCUCUCAUUCGUAUUCUUGGUGACCGCUUCUCGGCUCAGGUCAAGGUUGCUGUUUUGGAAACUUUGACCUUACUUCUUGCUAAGGUCGGCCUACAGCUGAAACCAUUCUUACCCCAACUGCAGACAACCUUUUUGAAAGCGUUGAACGAUCCCCAACGUGCUGUACGUCUGAAGGCCGCAUCCGCUCUAGGUCGUCUUAUCGUGAUACAUGUACGAGUCGACCCUCUUUUUACAGAACUUCAUUCAGGCAUAAGGAACACCUCAGAUUCAUCUGUCAAAGACACAAUGCUGCAAGCACUUCGAUUCUGUGUGUCUGGGGCAGGGCAGAAGAUGGCCGAGCCACUGAGGAAACAGAUCACGGCCACGUUACUAGAGUUACUCGGUUCACAGGAGGAUGCCACACGUGCAGUAGCCGCGGGUUGUCUUGGUGCUCUGUGUAUGGCCCUGUCAGAGGCAGAGCUUAAAGACACACUUAUACAACACCUACUGGAUGCUGACCCAAGUCAGGACUGGAUGUUGAGGCAGGGUCGGAGUAUGGCCCUGGGUGUCGCUCUAAAGGAGGCCCCGACUAAGCUCACCAGCACUGGACUGGAGGGAAGUAUAGAGGAUUACAUAACCGAGCUUGUCGGCUCUGAACGGAUUCCCCUGUGUAUCAGUGGCUAUCGUUGUAUGGGAUUCUUACUGAACUACCAACUAUCUACCAGUGAUGACGGCAUACCCUCGUUAAUUAUAACUCUCAUCAAGGGUUUGAAGAACGACUCGAACGAUGUGAAGCAGCUGGUAACACUAGUGAUCUCCUUCCUCAUCCACAAUCUCCAGGGGAGUCAAUCCCUGGAGCUGGUCAAAUAUCUGACCGCACCACUAGUCAUGGGUGCCAAAGAGAAGAACACAUCGGUCAGAUCUAAUAGUGAAUAUGCUCUAGUUGCUCUGCUCAAGCUUCGUCAGGGAGACGCUUUCUUAAACGACACCAUGCAACUGUUGGAUGCCGGGAUGAGAGACUCCCUGUCCGAACUCAUCACUAAAACGUUAACAAAAUUAAGUAAACAAGUGGAACCUCCUCCAGACAACAUUGACGAUACUGUUCUCAGAUGAUUCUACUAACGUGAUAUUAAUUUAAUUUUUUUUGUAACUUUAUUGUGAAGUGCUAUCUGAUCAUGCGGAGGAGCUGUCGUGGAUGAAAGGCUUUCUGUUGAAGAAGUACUAUGGAUUUAAAUUCAACCAAGAACUCAGCUGACUGCACAUUUUGAUAAUGUUAAUUGUAUUUCAAAUAUAAAUACGGCAAUGAUUAGCAUUAAAAGCAUAAAAUGAAGAAUUGUGUUUUCAGAAGGAAUUUAUGACGUCAAUUUAACCUGGUGAAGAAAUCAGUUUUGCUUAUCAUGCUAUCAAGUAGAUUUUCAUAUGAACAUUAUUUCACAAACUAUUUGUUCAGAUUUUGAUUUUUGUAAUUGAGGGAAUGAUAAUUCAAUACAUGAAUUCAUAGUUAUGAUUCCUAGAAGUUCUGUAAGAUAUAUGUAUUCUAGUAAGUUUGGUCAUUUUACUCAAAACUCUGUAGUCAGGAAAACUACAAUACAUUCAGUUUUUACAUUGUUUGGUAUUUGGAGUUAUUGAUGCUCCAAGUUGUGUCGUCAGAUUUUCACUAAAUAUUUAUUUGUUAUAAUACAGAUAUUGGAUUUAGUUUUUUGUUCAUUUAAAAAAUUAAAUUCUCCUUCAUCAGUUUUGCUGAUUUAAAAUGAUGAUGAAUUACUAUAUGUUUUUUCAGAGAAAAAGUAUCCUAAGUAAGAUUUUUUUUAUGAAGUACAUCUUUUGAAUACAAACCAGAAGCAUUUUGUGACAAGAUUGCUGAUUGGAUGAAUUUAAGAAGAAGCUAUUUAUUACUUAUUUUGAUUGGCUGAUAUGGACUCGUAGCUUCUUUAUACUGUACUGUAUGCACACUAUGUUAAUGUCUCUCCGACUCACCAGAUUUCAAUAGGUCAUUGCGGAAUUGCUUAAAUCAUGACUUGCAUUAUCUUGAAAUCAGUCAAUAUUUCAGUACAUUUGAUCAGCUAUUAGAAAUAAAUAGAAUAAGUUUUAAGAAGCUUAAAUAAUCUAAAGGUAGAGAAGAAAAAUAGCUUUUACUCAUUAUCAUUUAAAAAGAAAACAGUAACCUCCAACUCUAAUUGCGAUGAUCACUGAAAUUUUUGAGCAUUUAAGUUUGUUAUGACCCUGCAUUUUGUAAUGCAUGACACCAUUGGUUGAGUAUGAAUUUGUUAACAAGAUUUUCAACAUAAGACUAAAAUGCUGAGGAAAGAUAUCUAAGGGAGGACUUUAUUAUAUAAAAUUACCGUUAUAUAUGUAUAAGACAGUUUGUCAACAUGUCUCCUAACAUGUGAUACAGUAAAUGCUUCGGACAGGAUGUCUUGAGAAUUUGGUGCCAGUUUUUGAUAUGUUAGACAUUGUCAAAUCCACAGAAGCAUGUUUUGAUUUUGCAAGGUCAAUUAAAAUCAAGCUUGACUUUCAAAA